AGCGAUGCCAAAUUGAAUAUUUCAAUAUUUAAAUUUACAUUUUGCAAUAACCAUAACGGUUAACGAUUUAUGAUACAACGUUAUAAAAAUGUUUUUUUUUCUGUGUUUAAUAUUAUAAUAUUACAUUUUUAAAAUGUCUCGUGCUUGUGGUACUAAAUGUUCAUAUGUAAACUGUGGUAAAAAAGCUCGUUCUGACUUGGGUCUAAAACUCUUCCGUUUUCCAAGAGAUGCAAGUUUAUCUAAACAUUGGAUCUUAAACUGUGGGAAUACUGAUUUAUUACACCUUGAUGAAACUGAUUUAUACAAAAAGCGAAUUUGUGAGCAUCAUUUUGUAGAAAACGAUUUUACAAGUUAUAACAAACAACAUUUAAAAAGAUCUUCAAUACCACAAACGUUCUCUGCAAUUGAAGAUGAUAAUUUACAUGUUACUUUACCAACAACAAUGUACAAAAAAAAACCAAAUUAUUCUUUAUCAAGUCCAUUUGUUGUUGUCACAAAAAGAAAACUGUCAUCAUCAACAAAUUGUUCACCAUCCAAAAUGACAUUCAGCCCGAAAGAAACGAUCCAUGUUUUAACACCUACUACAUCUCAUAUAUUACCAUCUUCAUCUACGAUUGCCAGUUCUCCGGUUAUUACACCAAGAACUAGAACUUUAAUGCACAAAAUGAUUGAUUUUCCAUCUUCCAUAAAACCAAAACAAUUAUUUACUUUUUUGUAGAAACUAUGAUUCUAAAACAUCUGAUAUUUUUUUGAAAAGACCAAAAUCUGACUUUAUUCAAUUUAUUACUUUAG